AUGAUGAUGCAGAAAUGGAGAAGAUCGGGAGAUUGUAUAAGAUUUGGAUGUCAAUCUCUGAUUAAUCUCCGAUCGAAAGAGAACUCAGUGUCUCGUUCUGUUUCAGGCUUUGUGAAUGGUUACAAGUCAAAAGGCAAGAUUUUUGAGCCAAAUGCUAGGAAUCAUCAUAACACAGAGCUUGGUAGAAAUUUGGGGAUGAUGAUGCAGCAGUAUAAAUGUUUUGGGUCAGCUUCACAAAUUCAGAGAAACCCUUUGUUUGCGUCGUUGGAUUCGAAAGAUGUUAGCUACUUCAAGGAGAUAUUAGGUGACAAAAACGUGGUUGAAGAUGAAGAGAGGCUUGAGACUGCAAAUACAGAUUGGAUGGACAAGUACAAAGGUUCUAGUAAGCUGCUGCUCUUGCCCAAGAACACAGAAGAGGUGUCUCAGAUACUUAAGUACUGUGAUUCGAGGCGUUUAGCUGUUGUUCCUCAAGGGGGAAACACAGGUCUUGUUGGUGGAAGUGUGCCUGUCUUUGAUGAGGUGAUCAUCAAUGUUGGUUUGAUGAAUAAAGUCUUAGCCUUUGAUGAGGUUAGUGGCGUCUUGGUGUGUGAAGCAGGAUGCAUUUUGGAAAACCUCGCAACUUUCCUCGACACGAAAGGUUUUAUUAUGCCUCUGGACUUAGGUGCAAAAGGAAGCUGUCAUAUCGGUGGAAAUGUUUCAACUAACGCUGGUGGUUUGCGUCUUAUCCGUUAUGGCUCACUUCAUGGAACCGUUUUAGGUAUUGAAGCUGUCACAGCAAAUGGCAAUGUGCUUGACAUGCUUGGGAAAUUACGGAAAGAUAAUACUGGUUACGACUUAAAACAUUUGUUUAUCGGUAGUGAAGGAUCACUUGGUAUUGUAACUAAAGUUUCUAUACUCACUCAACCAAAGCUCUCUUCUGUAAAUUUAGCCUUUAUUGCGUGCAAAGACUAUCUUAGCUGCCAGAAAAUUCUUGUUGAAGCAAAGAGAAAUCUUGGAGAGAUACUAUCCGCUUUCGAGUUUCUUGAUAACAACUCCAUGGAUUUAGUAUUGAACCACUUAGACGGUGUACGUAAUCCGGUUUCCUCAUCAGAGAACUUUUAUAUUCUGAUUGAGACAACGGGGAGUGAUGAAACUUCUGACAGGGAGAAACUUGAAGCUUUCUUGUUAAAAUCAUUUGAAAAAGGUUUAGUUUCUGAUGGUGUAAUCGCUCAAGAUAUUAACCAAGCAUCCUCAUUUUGGCGCAUACGAGAGGGUAUAACAGAGGCGUUACAGAAAUCAGGAGCCUUUUACAAAUAUGACUUAUCCUUACCGGUUGAAGAGAUUUACAAUAUUGUCAAUGAUCUUCGAGAGAGAUUAGGUGACUUAGGAAAUGUUAUGGGAUAUGGUCACCUUGGAGAUGGAAAUCUCCAUUUAAACAUCUCAACCGCGGAAUAUAGCGAUAAGAUUUUAGGUUUGAUAGAGCCCUAUAUCUAUGAGUGGACAUCAAAGCACCGUGGAAGCAUCAGCGCAGAACAUGGAUUAGGUGUAAUGAAAGCUAAUGAAAUUUUCUACAGCAAAUCACCAGAAACCGUUAAUUUAAUGGUUUCCAUUAAGAAGAUGAUGGAUCCUAAGGGAAUUCUCAACCCUUACAAAGUUCUUCCUCACUCUUUCUUCUCUCCUUAA